AUGAGGUCGUCAGGCAAUUCAGGGACGGAUGAAGAGAGGGCCAGGAAUGUUCUGUCGCGGCUUCAGAAAUGUCAGACGGACGCUGGCCUUACCGAUGGGCAGAGUGCGCAGCUACUUCUGCAACUGCAAGCUGAUUUCCUCAAGCUUCGCAAGGCGUCCCCAACCGCAGCCUCAGUGCUGCGUGUGGAGCAGGAACUACAGACAACUGCGAGAGCCAGGAGGGUGAGGCUAAGACCAUCGAAAUGGAACUUCCCCAGAGGAAUGCAAGACUUCCAGUACAUCCAUGGCACAUCUGCCAAGAGCGGGAAAGAAGGUUCGGGCGACUGCGCUGGCUUGGAACGGAACCUGCUUCUCCUUCUGCAUGGCUUUGGCGGCCGGAAGGAGCCUUUCGUCGACUUCGCCCAGACAAUGCGCCUGCCGCUGACUGCUUGCCUGGUGUUCAAUGCCCCAGAGGCUCUCCCAGAAGAGCUCCUGGACGACCCACCCGGCUUCAGUUGGUUCUCCAUGUGGGAUGAGACCACCGGGGACUUUAUCCAGCCAUCUCCAAAGGAGCGCCGACGGCUGAAGUCCAUGGAGUCAUGCAAAGACCUACUCUGGAAAGCCAUAAGCGUUCUGACUGCCGAAGUCGGUUGGUGCCUGAACGAGAUCUUCUUGUUCGGCUAUGGCCAGGGAGGCUCCGUGGUGCUGGACAUGCUGCUACAGGCUCCGCCGGCUUCAUUUGGCAGAGCUUCGCUCGGUGGUACGGUUGCGGUGGCCGGGGAGGUGCUUCCGGAGCGGCGGCAUGGCACGCCACGGCUUGAAGGACAGGAGGCUGCUGUGCUUCUCAUCAACGGCGGCAAAGACAGGCUCACCAGCCCUGAGGCAGCGGAAGCUUCAGCGCAGUAUCUCCGACAGGCAUUGCGUGGUCCGGUUCGGUUGGAGAUCUUCCCCGAUCGCGGUGCCGAGAUGUUGCACGGCGAGCGCGAGUCCCGGUGCUUCAUGGAGUUCCUCUCUGAGCACCUGCACGGCGUGGGCCGGAAGGGCAGCGAAGAGGCCAUGCACAAGUUAGGGGCCGAUCCGGUCUCAUUCACAGACGAUGGGCUGUGCGUGGUGAAGCAAGUCAGCGAUUGCUUCUUGGAUGAGAUGGACUGA